GUGGAAUAUAUAUAUAUACACGUGCUUCAUAAACUGAGUACUGUAUAUCGUUAUUUUUAUAUGAAGUCCAGAUUGGCUAUAUUUUGCAAUUCAACCCUUCGAAAAAGAGAAGUAGAUAAUCAAUGACCGACGUUUGAAACACUGUCAUUUUGUUAGUUCUUCAAAGACGUCGUUGAUUGCUGGAACUGACAGUUACAAUGUUUUCUUGUACUUCCAAGACUACAGUUUUCAAAGGCAAUCAAGGAAUGUUAAUUACAACCAGGAUAGAUCUCUCCGAUUUUAAUUUAGUAAGUAAACUAAUUUCGAUCAUGUUAGCUGAUAAUAUAUAUUACAUGUCUCAAAAUCAAAUUAUAGAAUCAAUCUUUUAGCAAAUUGUUUGAUCCUCCUGAAACAUGUAAUCUGCAGUCCAAAAACAAAACGGGAAACGAGACAAUACCCAAAAAUCUAUAAUAUAUAUAUAUAUAACAAGUGUUUUAUUAUUACUAUUAUUAUUAUUAUUAUUAUUAUUAUUAUUAUUAUUAUUAUUAUUAUUAUUAUUAUUAUUAUUAUUAUUAUUAAAGAAAGAAAGAAAGAUCAGAGGAAAACACUAGGUUGUUGAAAAAGUAAUGUUAAUAAGACAUUAGUAAUGCUACUGAAGAAACUGAUAAAAGACAUUAAAACAAAAACCAAAAGAGGGAAAAUUUGAAAAUUGUGGAAUAAUAUUUAUGAGACCCAUUUAUUGCAAAAAGAUUGAAAAGUUCCGAAAUCUCCCAUCUACAGAAGGUAAAAUUUAGUUUGAAUGCAAUAUGUUGUACAAAUAGAGGAAUAAAAUAAAGUUUAUGAGUAAUUAUGAGCAAUCGGCUAUAUGUAUAUACUGAAUGGAUAUAGUAUUAAAAUAAAAAUCUAUUAAUCACAUUUCUGGAAGAAAUUCUUGAGAACAAAAUUUAAUAUGUUCUACAAAAAACCGUUAAAGUCUGCAUCAUUAGCGACUGAGACUAAAAUCACAAGACCGAAUGUUAAAGUUUCUAAUCAUCAAACUGAGACGGAAAGUAACCCUACCGUUUUGAGGAAGGUUAUCUAUUACCAGAACCGGUUUGUUGUGAUAGAUACCGUUCAGAAAAAUGAUCUGUCUCCGUCGCUUCCUAAAAAUUCCCAAAAUGAUACAGUCGAGGAUAGUACGGCCAUUGGUUCUUCUAGUGAAGCAAAAGGUGUUAAGAAUAAUACUGAUAACAGUAGCACAGGAUUCUCCAAAUUGGCAACUAUUGUUGAGGUUCCGACGGAAAAAGAGGAAAGUUCAUUUGAAACGAGUGAGGAGCCUGCUGAAAGAGAUAAAAACAAUACAAAUAAAAAGAAUAUGCAAGAUAAAAAUAAUGCCUAUCUGUUAAGUAAUGAAAAUAACAUUCGGUAUGAUAACGUUGAAAACUGUUCAUUUAUGUGGUUAUCACACCCCAGUCUUAGUUCUUUAACUCUGGCAAAGACCCCUUCCGAGAGCAGUCUGAUUGAUAGCCACGAGGCAAUCGUCUCUAGUAGUUCAAAAGUUGUAUGUCCAUUAGCGAGUGUAAAUGUUAUUCAAGCAAGCGACGUUGACUUACUCGGUAAUGUGACAAUGACAGCGGCAGCUAUAGCCGCAGCGAUCAGUGGCAUCACUAUUAAUAUUUCAAAUACAACGACAGCUGCAGUAGCAGAUCCCCAGGUAACCUGCAGCACCGGAAAAUUGCUAGAGCGCGUGCGCACUGAAAAAGCUGAUGCCAGUCACUUGCCUACAUUCCUGCCAUCAGCCGGCUUGGCCUCACCAGCAGACGACGCUUUCAGUUCGCAUGAAGACGCGUCCGAUCUCCGCAGCCACCAUCGGCUUGAUAGCGCUGUCACGGACAGCACAGCCGAAGAUUCACCGAGCAAAAGUAGUGAAAACAGCACUAAAUCUCCAGAUAGCCAAGAUAACAUUUUUCAAGGAGUUCCCUAUUAUAAAUCACACACUCAAAGAGAAAGUGAACGAAGCUACAAUUACGAUUAUCAAGGUGACCAGAGAGAGAAAACAGAAGAAAAAAAAGAAGAGGAAAUAGAAGCAACACAAAAUAAAAAGGACAGCUGUAGAAGGAAAGAAUUAAAAAGAAAUAAACACGGACGACACAGCGCGGGUGUGAAUGUAACUUUUCAUGAAAAAACUGUCCUUAAUGAUUCAAAACAUUUUAAAUUGACAGACUGUGAUAACGACGAUGUCAGUGAUGAUACGAGAGUUUUAAAAGAAAAGCGAAUCGGCGCUAGAGAUAGAGGAAUAAUAAUUACAUCAACAACAGUAAAAGCAACAACAGUAACGAAAAGAAAAUCACCAGCAUCAAAAACAGCAGCAACAGCAACAACAACAACAACUGUCAGAGCAGACGCAGUAGCAAGAUCAUCACCAGCAUCAACAGCAUCGGUAGCAGCAGCAUCCCCAGUUACCAUGGAUACGCGGAGCAUCGAGAUAAUAGUGAACGAUGAAAACGAGACAAGUCAUGUAGGGUACAGCAGCAGCAGCAGAGGUGGCGGGGGCGGCGGUGCAGCAGGAGGAGAAGGAGGAGGAUGCAGAAGAAGUAGGGAAGGAACUGGAGAUGUAGACAAUUUCAACAGCGACGGUGAACCCGGUAAUAGUAGUCGUGUCAGUGGCGUCCGCUCCCUCAGCGGAGGGUCGCUCCCAUCUGGUGCAUCUCUGAACGCAACCAAGGGACGGACUUCGGUGAAAAGAGCUGCGAGUCGGAACAACAGCAGGGCUUCUAUCCAGAAUAAAAGCAGUAUGGAGAAGAACAUGACAUGGAAAAGGAUAUCAAAGAUACUGUUAGAUGACCGGAUGGGUGAUAUUGAUGACCGUGAGAAGGUACUAAACUUAGAUGAACCAGGGCAGUACCGAGUGUUGAAGAAAGUACUAAAUAUACUUUUUGUCACCAUAGGGAUCGCUCUGUUACUGGCCGUUAUUGUCGUCGUUAUCUACACUGCCAUAGUGUAAAGAGAGAGAUGCCCGAUGAUCACCCGUUGAUUCAAGAGCUUCGCUUCCGGCUUGGGCUGCUACCAUUGCUGUCCUGAUGCCAGUCACCGUCCGUGCAUUCACAUCCAAUGGAAAAUAUGAAGAACAGUUUGCUGAUGAUCAACACAUCACAGCUUGAUACUACAUCAUUGGCAAUGAGUUCAAAGUUUGCCAGGAUAAGUAAUAUUCUUUUGUCUAAGGUCUUUGUGGCUACAAGUGAGGAUCAAACUGAACCAGGCUUUUUCUGAGGUGUAUUUGUAUAUGUGCGAAAUUUCUUUUAUAUUUACUGUGAUUUAACUGAUAACUCGUAAAGUGAAACAGAGACAUUUAUUUUUCACCAAUAUUCACUAAAGAGAGUCACGCAUUUAUGGCUGGAAGGGGGUAACAUAUUUACCAUUGUCUUCGCACGAUAAAGAGUCUGCUGAAAAGUUUCAUCCACCGCCUUUUUAAACUUACCAGACAUUGCUUUGAUGCGUCACGUUUAGUGAGCAGCAUCAAGUAAUAGUUAAAAGUGAAAUUAUUGGUAAAAUGAAAGAAUCAUUUUUAGGAAGGUAACCUUCAAAUGAUUUGACCUGAUAAAAAGUGUAUUGUUCCUUUCUACAUCGUAUUGCUUUUUUUUUUUUUUAGAUGAGGUAGAGAGGAAUACGGGGGAUGCUAAAUAGACAUGCUGAACAACAUUUAUGUUAGUUUGCAUGUACGCAUUUUUUUACCUGUUCAGAUACAUAAAAUGUAUAUAUGCAGUCUUAUAUACAUAUAUUUUUGUGUGUGCAUGUGUUUGGCUGUGGGUCUGGAUGCGUAUGUUGUGUAAAAAUCCAAGACAUGUUUGGCUUUAAUAAUAUUCCAAUCAUUGCCUCAAAAAUCUUUCACGCUAACAUUAUUUUCAUGAUUCAGGUAAAUUCACAAAAUGUUUCUUGUCAAAAAUUUUGAUACUUUUUCAGACAGAAAAAGAAAAAUCCAGAUAUGCUUUUUUUUUAACUGUUAAAUACUUAAUUGUAAUGCUGUCUUUUGGUGUUUGGAAAAUUUAUAACCUUAACGCUUUAUCUGCUGACUGAAUGCCGUUUCUAAGCUAAUUGUUGAAAUAUAAAUUAUCGCAAUAUAAACCUGUUAUUAUAAUCAUUUCAAGUGCAGCGCACAAAGAUCUGUCAUUCACAUUUUGUUAUCAACGAGUCAGUUCGCAUUAAGAUCAGCCCUUUUUUUCAAUUCCUUUAUAACGUUUCUUGGUUCAUCAUAUAAUUCAUAUUUUUGUAAAACUUAAACAAUCUCAAACAGCCUUUAGUAGACAUAGACCUUAUACAUCGAGGUUUCUUCUUCCAUAAAUACACAAAUUGAUUGUGAUUAAAUCAAUGGUCAUAAAUAUUAUAACAAAUAUAUAUAUAUCAUAAGAUGUCUUUUUGUAAAAAAGACAAUACAUUUGCAAUAAAUUGUUUAGCAAUUGUAGAGAAUAACUGAUUUCUUUUGACAAAGUAUAGAGUCUUAAGUUUAGGUUAUAUAUAUAUAUAAACUUUGCAUAUUAUGCCUCUCUAAAGAUUAUUAACAGUACAGGUGAACUAGUGCAAUUUCAAAGAAAAAUUGCAAUCUGAUAUGUUGAUUUACUCAUCACAGUUAAUUUAUUUCUUUAGCAAUGCCUAAACGGGAAAACAUACCUACAGCGCUAGGCUGUCCUACCGUGGAAAUGUUGGUUAGUAUAAUCUCCAUUCUCAGAGUUAAGCUGUAUCAGCAGAAAACUAUUUAAUUUUCAAUGAACCAGUCCUCCUUUAUACUGUAUAUAAGUACAAAAGUAAUGGCCACUGGAAUGUUUUUAACAAAUUAUUUCAAUAACAUUCGGCGUAGUGAAAGGAAGUUCAUUAAUUUCAUAAAGAUUACAAACAUAAUGAAAAUUCAGUUAUGUUUUCAUAUUAGUGUAACGGAUAUGCUAUUAAUCCAUCUCAUAUCUGCAGUAACAAAGUUUAUUAAUAUUCACAUAGCAUACAAUUUCACAGAACACCUAACACAUUAUAUACAUACACGAUUAUGAGUCAGAAUGUAAAGCAAUUUAUAUUUGCAUUAUUCCCUGACAUUAU